AUGAAAGCUUCCUCUCUCUUGAAGUUAUUAUUAGUAUUCGCUAACUAUAAAGCUAGCAAAGCUGACAAAUUUGAAGAGGCUAUCAAGCACAUAGACACACAAGUCUUGAACAGAAGCGAACUCAUCUACCUGCACAAACGACUUCUUGAGCAUAAACAAGAGAACGUGGAGAGUCUUAAGCUUGAUCCGCAACGGCAGGCGAUGCUGGAUAGUUUAGAGGAAGAGCUACAGAGGACAGAAGUAGAACAGGUGCAGUUUAGCUCAGUUGGCGAUGACAUAGAGACUAUCAACAAGAAUAAGGGAAUAGGAGACUUUUUGUACCAAAGUGACAUUGUGUUGACAGAGUGGCAAGUGGAUGAAAUUCUGAGAACUAAACAUGAUCGGAGAAGCCGUCAAGCUUUCAGAGAUGAGAAAUAUCCCGAGACAAUCUGGCCUAAUGCGAUUGUGCAUUUUUCCUUCUCUUCCAACGCAACUAACAAAUUUCGUGACCUCUUCAGACAUGGCGCACUGGAAUGGCAGAGGGAGACUUGUCUCAACUUUUAUGAAUACAUUCAUGCACCGCACCGUAUCGAGCUUGUAAGCGAAACGGGCUGUUGGUCACAUGUGGGAAACAUGCACAGAGUGCAAGCUCUUUCUUUGGGAGAAGGUUGCGAUGCGAUUGGCAUCGCUGCACACGAAAUCGCUCAUGCCCUUGGUAUGUUUCACCACCAUGCGAGACAUGAUCGUGACGAGCACAUAUUCAUUGAUGAAUCAAAAAUCAUGGAUGGUAUGUACGACCAAUUUACCAAACAAACCAAGGACACUAAUAAUAAUUAUGGGCUUCCCUAUGAGUAUGGCAGCGUAAUGCACUAUGGUUCAAGGAGUUUCUCGGCAGACAAGACACGCUGGCACACCAUGAUACCUAACGAUAAGUUGUAUAUUGAUACAUUGGGCUCCCAAUUCAUAAAUGUAAGUCGCAUUCCUCGGCUAAAUGCGCAAUGGGAGGAUUUCCAAACCCCAAAAGAUUGCUUGAGAUGCGUUUGUCCGGGAGGCUAUGGAGGAAUACUAUGCAAUGAAAGGCCAAGUGGUUGUGGGGAAGUGCUGCAAGCCACCACAGACUAUAAGAAAUUUGAAGAUGUUGUUGGCCACUCAUGGGUAAAAAAGUCGGAGGAGAAUGACUUUUUUGCCAUGUGCAAGUACUGGAUAGAGGCUCCAUUAGGUCGAACAGUAGAAGUGAAGUUUCACAACUUUACGGAACGUGUCGCUGUCCAAGGAUGUUACUAUGCUGGUGUUGAGAUCAAAACGCAGAGGGACCAACGCAGCACCGGAUAUAGGUUCUGCUCUCCUUCUUAUACGGGGGAAGUGUUCAAAUCCGCAAGCAAUGUUGUGCCUAUCAUUACGUGGAGCAGGAUCUGGCCGAUCAAGGUAGAACUAUGGUACCGAAUGGUCUAG